AAUUUUUCUGUUGUUUCGAAUUUAAUUGUAUUGUUUAUCUUAUGUUUUAUUGCUGGUAUCGUCAACGGUGUUUAUUAUAGUAAAGGUGAUAAAUCACGUUUUUCAUUUGAAUUUGGUACAAUCGCUGGUAAUGCAUCAACUAAUGGGUUUGUUUCAUUUUGGGUUGCCGUUAUUUUGUAUCAGUCCCUGGUUCCUAUUUCGUUAUAUAUUUCGGUGGAAAUUAUUAAAACAGCACAGGCAGCUUUUAUUUAUGGUGACGUCCUUUUAUACAAUGCGAAAUUAGAUUAUCCUUGUACACCCAAGUCUUGGAAUAUUUCAGAUGAUUUGGGUCAGGUUGAAUAUAUAUUCUCAGACAAGACGGGUACAUUAACUCAAAAUGUUAUGGAGUUUAAAAAGGCUACAAUUAAUGGUGUUUCAUAUGGUAGAGCAUACACAGAGGCACUUGCUGGUUUGAGAAAGAGACAAGGUAUUGAUGUCGAAGCAGAAGGUGCUAAAGAGAAGGAAGAAAUCGCUAGAGAUAGAGAUACAAUGAUCAGUGAAUUAAAAGCAUUAUCAAAUAAUUCUCAAUUUAACCCCGAUGAAUUGACAUUUAUUUCAAAGGAAUUUGUUCGUGACUUGAAAGGUGCCAAUGGUGAAUACCAGAAGAGAUGUUGUGAACAUUUUAUGCUGGCACUUGCGUUAUGUCAUUCCGUCUUAGUUGAACCACAUAAAUCUGAUCCUAACAAACUAGACUUGAAGGCGCAAUCACCUGAUGAAGCUGCUUUAGUCGGAACUGCUAGAGAUUUGGGUUUCAGUUUCUUAGGUAAGACAAAAUCCGGCUUAAUUGUUGAAAUUCAAGGUGUUCAGAAGGAGUUCCAAAUAUUAAAUGUAUUAGAAUUCAAUUCAUCAAGAAAACGUAUGAGUUGUAUCAUUAAAGUUCCAAGUAGCAGUCCAGAUGGCGAACCAACUGCGUUACUAAUAUGUAAGGGUGCGGAUUCUGUGAUUUACUCAAGACUAAAAAGAACUGAUAAUGCCAAUGAUGAUACUCUAUUAGAAAAGACUGCUUUGCAUUUAGAACAAUAUGCUACUGAAGGUUUGAGAACGUUAUGUUUAGCCCAAAAGGAAAUUCCAUGGGCAGAAUAUCAAGCAUGGAAUGCUAAGUACGAUCGAGCUGCUGGUGCUUUGACCAACAGAGAAGAACAAAUGGAAGAAGUUGCCGAUGCUAUUGAACGUGAUUUGAUCAUAUUAGGUGGUACUGCUAUCGAGGAUAGACUUCAAGAUGGUGUCCCUGAUUCUAUUGAAUUGUUAGCUAAAGCAGGUAUUAAGCUAUGGGUUUUAACUGGUGAUAAGGUUGAAACUGCUAUCAAUAUUGGUUUCUCUUGUAACUUAUUAAAUAAUGAAAUGGAAUUAUUGGUAAUCAAAGCUUCUGGUGAAGAUACCGAACAAUAUGGUAGUGAUCCCUACGAGAUUGUUAAUGUAUUGAUAUCUAAAUAUUUGUUAGAAAAGUUCAAUAUGAGUGGUUCUGAAAUUGAAAUUGAAGAAGCAAAAAAACAUCACGAUCUUCCAAAAGGUGAAUAUGGUGUUGUCAUUGAUGGUGAUGCAUUGAAACUAGCUUUGAGUAGCGAUGAUUUGAGAAGAAAAUUUUUAUUGUUAUGUAAAAACUGUAAGGCGGUAUUAUGUUGUAGAGUUUCUCCAUCUCAAAAGGCUGCUGUUGUCAAGUUAGUCAAGAUUACCUUAGAUGUUAUGACAUUAGCUAUUGGUGAUGGUUCUAACGAUGUCGCUAUGAUCCAAUCUGCAGAUGUUGGUAUUGGUAUUGCUGGUGAAGAGGGUCGUCAAGCUGUUAUGUGUUCUGAUUAUGCGAUUGGUCAAUUUAGAUAUCUAACAAGAUUGUUGCUUGUUCAUGGUAGAUGGUCUUAUAAGAGAUUAGCAGAAAUGAUUCCUGCAUUCUUCUACAAGAAUGUUAUCUUCACUUUGGCUUUGUUCUGGUAUGGUAUCUAUAAUAAUUUCGACGGUUCUUACUUAUUCGAAUACACCUAUUUAUCAUUUUACAAUUUGGCUUUCACAUCUUUACCUGUCAUCUUUUUGGGUAUUCUAGAUCAAGAUGUCAACGAUACGAUUUCAAUGGUAGUUCCACAACUAUACAAAGUUGGUAUUCUUAGAUUGGAAUGGAAUCAACGUAAGUUUGUUUGGUAUAUGAUUGAUGGUUUCUAUCAAUCUGUAAUCUGUUUCUUCUUCCCUUAUUUGAUUUACCAUAAGACAAUGCUGGUUACUAAUAAUGGUUUUGGCCUUGAACACCGUUAUUAUGUUGGUACUUUUAUUGCGACAAUUGCUGUGGUGGCUUGUAAUCUAUACAUUUUAUUACACCAAUACAGAUGGGAUUGGUUUACUGGCUUCUUUGUUGGUUUGUCUAUUAUGAUCUUAUUUGCAUGGACUGGUAUCUGGUCUAGUUCGUUAACAAGUAAUGAAUAUUUCAAGUCUGCCUCACGUAUUUACGCUACUCCAGUAUUCUGGGGUAUAAUGUUUGUAGGCGUCUUAUUCUGUCUAUUACCAAGAUUUACUUAUGACUGUUUCCUAAAGUUGUUCAAUCCUUCGGAUGUUGAUAUCAUUAGAGAGAUGUGGAAAAGAGGUGAUUUUGAUAAUUAUCCGCUUGGAUAUGAUCCAACUGAUCCUAACAAACCUAAAAUUUCACAAAGAGGAAGAUUUGCUUCUGUUAGCCAUAAGAUCGAAAUGAGUAAUUUCGAUGAUGAUAUUUUACCAUCUAACAAUUCUCAUGCAAGUAUUGUUACGGAAGAGAUUCCUAUGAACUUUAUGGAUAGACCUGAUGGAACUCCUAUGUUGGUUAGAAAGGAUAAAGACAGUGCAUGGAAUGAUUCCCCAAGAGAAACUCAAGAUUUAUUAUUUUCACCAAGAGCAGAUGAUUCUGAAGAACAAAGUAGAGUAUUUUCUGGUAGAAAAUCUUUGGAUCGUAGGAGAGAAGAAAUGCUAAAAACUAAUCAACUAGAUAAUAGGUAUUCUGUUGAAAGGGCCAGGGCAUCCCUGGAAUUACCUGGUGUCACUCAAGCAGAAAAUCUAAUGGAAAAGACCGAGAAAUAUUUCUCAUAG